AUGGACCAGGCGCUGAUGGAUCGGUUGAUGGAGAGGCUGAUGGAGAGGCUGAUGGAGAGGCUGAUGGAGAGGCUGAUGGAGAGGCUGAUGGAGGGGCUGAUGGAGGGGCUGAUGGAGGGGCUGAUGGAGGGGCUGAUGGAGCAGCCGCUGAUUCCAAUUCCAAGAUUUGCCCCAGAAAGGACAGGUGAUACUGAAUGGUCCAACUAUUUGGGACGUCCCACGGCAACGAGGCCAGGCCACCUUCGCAACACCGGGGACAGCAACGACCCCCUGGCUGCUUGUCAGGUUUAUACAGGGAAGAUUACCAUGAAGGAGAAAUCAUGUUUGUCAUUGUAUUUUAGGAGUUGGAGUUUUGUUAAUUGUUUUUUCUUUCUCCUUUGGUUCCAGAUCGAGAAUGUUGAUGCUUGCCUCAGUUUCCUGGCAGUGAGGGGAGUUCAUAUCCAAAGCCUUUCAGCUGAAGAGAUAAGGGAUGGAAAUCUAAAAGCCAUUUUAGGACUGUUCUUCAGCUUGUCCCGGUACAAACAGCAGCAGCAGCAGCAAUACCAGGAUCUGAUUGAGCUCCAGCAGCAAGUGCAGCAUCAAUCAUUACCAGCCAGUUCAGGGAGUCCCCAGAGAGCACAGCCAGACAUGCAGUCCAGUCUGGCAGCCAAACAUGCUGGAAGUGCAGCCAAUCAGAAAAAGUCUACCAGACUCCCAGGACCCUCCAGGGGCUCAGCGGCAGGGAGCACGACCAAGGUCCAGGGAGCCAACAGCUUGAACAGACGGAGCCAGAGUUUCAACAGCAUCGAUAAGAACAAGCCCCUGCAGAAUGCAGGUGGCAGUGAGAAAGAGUCACCCAAGACCCCUCCGUUACCAUCGGCCAUGAAUGGGAAUUUGCCCCCGUCCCCUGGUGUGGGGCAGUACCUGGCCUCUGCCAUCCCUUCUCCGGGCAGUUGUAAACCCUGGCGGAGUAAGUCGAUGAAUGUCAAACAUGCUGCUACUUCAUCCAUGCUCAGCGUGAAGGCGGCCAGUCCUGCCACCUCUCCCACUGCCCCCAGCGACCGGCUCCGAGCCCCUGAUACCCCCAAGACCCCCUCGAAUGGGCAGAAGUCCAUGUUGGAGAAGUUCAAGCUGAUCAACAACAGGAUAUCCUCGAGGCCUCCUGCCUGCCCGAGCUCCGGGGUUAUGGAGGGAUCAAGGGAUGAGGGCACUCCCUCGGAGUGCGGUGAGGCUGGUGGAGGAGGCUCUACAGCUGGCAGUCCCAAGACGCAGUCAAAGGUAACGAACCAAAGGGCGGGAGGCAAAUCAGGAGGCAGUAAGAAGGUCUCACCGCCGGCCAGAGACAAGGAGGAGAAGGAGAAGAGUAAAGGAGUAAAAAGCUGCAAAGAGGAGAGAGUGAGUGAGGCGCCCAGGAAGAGUUCGAAAAUCGCCAGCUUAAUCCCGAAAGGAGGGAAGCCUGCAGGAGUCAAGAAGGAGAUCCCUGCUUCCAGUGGGAUUCCCAAACCAGGAUCCAAGUUGCCCACCGGGAAGUCAGGAUCGGCGAUGAAGGAGGUGGAGAAGUCUCGGGUGACCAAGGGGAGCUGUGGCCAGGGGCUGCAGAAAUCACAGGCCAAUGGCAAAGUUCCCAGCUCCAGCAGUGUCACCUCCUUGGAGGGUAAAGGUGUGACCCAGGCCUCCUCACCCCCGUCCUCCCUCAGCACUGCCACUACGCCAGCUUCUGGAGUGGCCAGCAGUGGGCAGACUCCAGGCAAUGUCAUCGUACAGCUCCCUCAACCUCAGCAACAACACAGCCACCCCAACACCGCUACUGUCGCCCCCUUCAUGUACAAGUCAUCCAAAGGCACAUCCAGGGGCAUGCAGCCAACUGUACACAGCAGGAUCCCAGCGACUGCAACAUAG